AGAUUAAUUUUUUACUACUGAAGAAAAAAAGGAAAAUAGAAGAUUGUUAUUGUUUCUCUUUAAAAAAAAUACAUUUUCCCAAAUAUGUAGUGAUUUAUAAUGACGAAGAAAAGCUCACCGCGAAAUAGAGAAUGGGAGAAAGAUCGGAGAGAUCGGUUAAAUAAGACUUUCGAUUCCUUGGCCAAGAAACUACCCCAGUAUGACCCGAGUUCACCAUUCAGUAAAAUUGAGAUCCUGCAGAAGACUAUUGCCUUUAUUGAGGAGCUGCAGGAGAAGCAGAAUGAGCUAAUGCUGUCAGCAUGCGACAAAGUUCUCUUGAAGGAACGUGAGGAAUUUGAGCAGAAUAUUGCUGUACUGCGAUGUAGGAAUAGUCAACUGGCUGAGCUACUGCGACAGGCCAACAUAACAAUACCCAUCUUCAAAGCUCAACAAUUUGCCAAAGAUCUCACGGAAAAGCGGAUUGAGUCACUUCAGGAGGAAAACAAUGCCAAUGGCAUUAAUAUAAAACCGGAAAAACAGAAAAAGUACUCCAAUAAGCUCUCUUCGGAGCAAAUUACAAAGGCUGUUAAGGAAAAUGGAGAGAAGGCAGUGGCGAAGAAAUCAUCCAGAGGAAAAACUUCCUCGUCAAAAAGUGAAAAGAAAACCAGUAAAAGGAAAAGCCCCAAAGGCAAGGAGAAAGAUACAGAACAGAAGUCUCCUGUGGCGGCCUCAACUGCUGCUCCUGCGACAAUAUCCGCUGCUGCAGUUACGACAAUUCUCAGCUGUGUGGAAGCAAAGAAAGUCAUUAAAACUCCCGCAAUCAGUGCAAUAUCUUCCAAGAAUGUUACAAUCACCCAUUCAAGCCUGACUACCCCUAUUAUGGCUACGGGACUCUUCCUGCCUGUUCCUGUGGUUCAGGCUCCACCACCCCCAUUGCUAAUUGUAAAAACCAACAAUGUGCAAAUCCCCGUUGCUUCUUCAAGCGCAAAAGUAGGGAAGAAGAGGAGCAAAGGAAGAUGGAUUCAAAUCCGCCCACAGCCAAUUCCAACAAGAAUUCCAUUCGGGAAGAUUCCAAUCCCCGCACUGAGGAGUAAUUUCGUUGCAAAGAAAAAGAAACGCCUCAUCCGGAAGAGAAUAAAAGUUAAAGGAAAAGAAAUGGGUGGUGUGACAAGGCAGACGGUGGGAGAGAAGAGGAAAGCAGAGGAGAAAGUGGAAGAAGAGGUGAAGGAGAAGAAAUCCAAGCCUGAAGAAGUUGUGGAGGUGAAGGAAGCUGACAAGGAGAAUUGCGCAAAGAAACUGGAUGAAAAGGUGGUGGAGGAAACGAAAAAGGGUGGUGAGAUGAUGCCUGAUCCUCCGGAGAUUUCAGCUCCUCUCAGCCACUCAGAUCUAUCCAAUGAUAUCUUUGCGAGCUUACAAGUGCCUUCAGGAGGAUCAAAUACCGGAUGUUUAUCCCCAACGGCUGCUUUUCUCAUGACCUUCCCCGUUGUCUCCUCAGCUGGUGGGAAAAAUCCCGAAUCAGCUCUUGCGGAGGAAUCUCCCACAAAUUCCGGGAAUGUUGGAAAUCAGGCCGAAGGUGGGAAAGAAGAUCAGGAGGCGGAGAAUAGUAGUGCUCUCCUUGAGAAUCUUUCGUCAUUCUUUGGUGGGAGAGAUGACUAUCCGGGGCUCUAUCCUGCGGAGAAUUUAGAGAAGGUUCCACAGAAAAUUCCGGAGAAAGCUCCCCCGGAAGGUGUUUCCAAUUCAAUCCGAAUACGAACGGAUAUGGGUCCACAGAAGCCAUCAAUGGAGGCACAGACUCCAGCUUCAUAUUCAGAAUCCUUCUCCACAUUUGACUACAGCUUCACAAAUAGCUGCACCAGUAAGAUUAAUUCGAGUGUCUUUCCCAGUUACACGUCGAUGCCCUUCCUUCCGGAUGUACCACCACCACCGAGUGUGAAUCCCACAAAAUCCGAAUUUACCUUCAGUCUAACAAAGACAACAACAACUGCUCCUUGCACCACCUACAAAGCAGAUUCUCUGUACAAUCCCUUCUCAUUUGCCGCCACAUCAACGCAUAAUUCAGUUAUAAAUUCAUCUUGUCAUCCAGUUCCACCACCUCCGGAUGGGAAUUUGGGGCUGCCACUGCCACUGAACAUUUAUCCAAAUGUCAGUGAGGAUGCAACAAAGGGUCAGGGAAGCUUUACAUUCUCCCUGACUAAUACAACAUCAGCUCAGAGCUACUACACGAAGGCUCCAACUAAUCUCAACAUUUCCUUCCCGGCGAAUGAUACGUACAACACCUACAAUCCCUUCUCGUACAACGAUCCCGUGGGGAUAAAGCAGACAAAUGACAUUAGUACCAAUUUCUCCUUCUGCCUAACGAGCAGCGCCCCCAAGAAUACCCCAAUUUACACCUCAACAUCCACCUACAACACCCUAAAUCCCUUCUCAAUCGACGCAACGCUGCAAUCUUCAAACUACCGCCAGCAGAACUAUGAGAAUCCAACCAAAAACUACCAAUUCUACCCGAGUCAGGGUCAGAAGCAAGCGCACAAGUCCCAAUCAAAGGGCUACCCGAAGGAUCAGGGAAGAUCGCAAAGUGCCCAGAAAUCUCCGCCAAAGAAGAAUCAGAAUCAGCAAUCAAAGUAUCACAAUGUCAACUGGAUGACUAACUCGGAUUGUCAUCAAGUGAAGACAAAUGACUUCCACAUCCCUCCACCGUUGGACUUUACCCACACCACCAAUGCAUCCACAUCAUUCACGUACCCUCCUCCACCACCUCCGGCUCUUGGGGGGAGUAUUGAUCUCAAGAGCAAGUCUGAUGUCUUCUUUGCUCAUCCGCCUGAUGAGAACUUCUCCUGGUCCCCCAAUAAAUUGUCCAAUGUCCUCGAACCGCCAACACUUCACAACUACAUGCCACAGGCUACUCUGCCAACACUUCACGGCGAUCUGGCGCUUAGUACAACGUCAGCCACGCAAGAAGUUGUCAAGGAGAAGACUCCUCCGCAGAACCUCGAAAACUACCAGGAUCAUCAUCAAUCUGGGGGGAAUUUCCUGUCAGUGAGUCAACUUCUCGUGGAGCAGAACAAGAAGGGGAAGAAGCCCAAGAACAGUAAGAACACCGAUGAUCCCUCCCGGAAGCCACUGAAGGAUAAAAAGCAAUUCCAGUGUAUGAAUCCACCGGGAAGCUACGCAGAUCAGGGAAUAACGUAUCCGGACAAUAAUAAUAAAGGAAGUCAGCAGUAUUCCAACAUUUACUCAGCGGAAAAUCUCAUUGGAUGCAAUAGGAAGGAGAAAGGAGUCCCGCAGAACUACCAUCAGGCACCACUAGAUCUCCCUCCUGCACCACCAGGAGGGAAUCUCUUUCCCAGUAUUGAUCUCAACACUGACUACAACACAAAUAUUCUCUUCAAUCCACCCACGAGUACGACAUUCGUCCCUCCACCGCAGAAUUGCAUGUCGGUGUUUCCGGAAAAUGACUUCUAUGACUACUCAAACAAGGCUGGGAGUGUCCCGAAGGUUGGGCAACAGCAGAACUCAUCGUACUACUUCAACAAACCACCCCAUCAGAACACACUGCCCCCGAUGGACUACACAAAAGGAGGAGACAUGAAGAGUUCCCCGUCUUAUGCAGGAAAUAAGUUCAAUGCCCAAACGCCAGGAGCGAAGGCCAAGAAGGCACCAAGUGCAAAGAUCCCAGAUUUCUAUCCACCUCCACCAAUUCAUUCAAACAUCAACUAUGACUCUUCUGUGCCGUCCUCCAAUUACUUCUCCGUGCCACUGGGAGUCAAUUCGCCGCAUCUUCCGCCCGGGGAUGAUCCCUUCCACCUUCAUCUCAACUACUCGAGCACACUGAAGAAUCUAACGCCUGGGAAUUCAUCAUCGUUGUACCUCCCAGAGGGACCCAAUGUAUCCAACACUACCAAUUCACACACAAACUUUCAUCUUAGCUCCAUUUGCCCUGAAAUUAACGACAAGGUGCGACAGCAGGAUUGGUGAGGUAAAAGAAAAUCCUUUUAUUCACUUAAGGUUUUGAUAAUUUUUAAUUAUUUUUAAUUUUUGUUAAAAAAUCAUUUGGAAAGGUUCAUAAAAGAAGACAGUUUCUUGAAAAACGGCGAUGUUUUGAUUUAUUUAAAAUUGAUCGUAAUUUUAAAUGAAUCACAACGUCGCUGGACGAGAGAAUUUGAGAAUGUUUUUGAACGUUUUUGAUGAUUGAGAUCCUCAAAAAACGAUAUAAAAUAUUAAAAAAUGCAAACUAAGAAAACUUUAUCAAAACCUUAACUAACUAUUAUUAUAUUAUUUUUAAACAAAAACUCUGUAAAUAUAUUUCAAAGCCCUUUUUUGGUUUGAUAAAAAAAUCAAUCAAGGUAAAUAAAGUAAAUUUUAUUUAAUAGAAAA